UGAAUGUUGAGAUGUACCACAACUUCACAAAUAUGUUCCCGACGUUCGUUUCAGAUCCCAAAGACCACACUCUGUCAGUUUUACACUGUUCCAGGCAGCCAUUCCUACAUGAUCUUUACAGAAAACAAUUGGUCGGUACGAACACAGCUCAACCUGACAUAUCAACGUUAUAAGCAAGCACUGGCGACCAGAGACAUUGGAGAAGACCAAGAUGAAGUGUUGAUGACAAAAUAUGUCGAUGGUAGUGAUCUUGCACAGUUUACUGCAAAGAUAACUGGUGAAAUGUCAGCAUCCCGAAACACUGGUAUUCCUCCUGACUUGGGAUUGGAGUAUGGCAUCACACAACUGAAGCAAUUGUGGUUUCUCACCAAACAAACUUUUUCUUCUGCGUUUGCUGCAGUAUGCGGCUUACUUGGAGGUCGACCCUUCGUCGAGUACAUGCAAACAUCGAAAUCUCAUUAUUUUAAGGGAACGGUUACAUUGCAAUUGUAAUGAUUCCUUUCUUUAUUCUUCAACCAUUGGAGUUAUUGAAAUAAAUCUGGUUCCAUGAACUCAAGCAUAUAGUUCUAUGAAGUCAAAUCGGCUUCAUUUAUUCUACUGAAGAAAAUACUUAAGUAUCUAUUUGACGUGGUUCGGAACUUAGUGGUGUAAGACGAACGCAAUCCACAGACAGUAGAGAUCAGAUUGACAAUUAUAGAUUAUCACACUGUAUUUUCAGUA